GCGAGCAUCUUUAGUUAACACAAGUGUCUCUCCCUUUGUAGCUCGUGCAGGACUUGGACUCAAGAUGUUCCGAGGCCUCCUCCUGCUGGCUUUUGUGGCAGGCGCCCUUGCAGCUAUUUCUGGUAAUAACGGAAGCGGUGGACGUCCAAGUGGACCAACAAACAAACCCGGCCGAUUCUUAUCACUCCCCGUCCCAGAAAAGUGCGCGCAGCGUCCCAAGCAGUGGAGACUUGGCAACCACAACUACUUCUUCUCUGGCAACAUCAGCCAGUUCGCUGGCAAGAAAUACGACUGGCUCGACGCCAGGAACGAGUGUCGCGAAUACUGCAUGGACCUUGUGUCAAUGGAGACUCAGCAGGAGAACAACAUGGUCCUCCGCUUCAUCCAGCAAUACGACGUGCCCUACAUCUGGACCUCAGGUCGUCUUUGUGACUUCAAGGGUUGCGAAGACCGCAAGGACCUUCAGCCCCUCAGCGUCUUCGGCUGGUUCUGGUCGACCACUCGGGCAAAGAUUGCACCCACCAAUCGAGUGCCCCCCAACUUCAGCUACAACCCCUGGUCUCAGACUGGCCACAAGAAGCAGCCCCAGCCUGACAAUGCUGAAUUCGACAUUAACCAGACCACCGAGUCUUGCCUCUCAGUUCUCAACAACGUCUACAACGAUGGCAUCAACUGGCAUGACGUUGCUUGCUACCACGAGAAGCCUUUCAUCUGCGAGGACUCUGACGAACUCCUCCAGUAUGUGGCUGCGACCAACCGGGGCAUUCGCCUCUAGUCUUUCUCCCACUCUCAAAUAUUUAUCAAAGCAAAAUAAUGCUCUGUUCAAUUGUACAUUGAAAUAAAAUUAUUUUCUAAUUUAUGUUUUAAAAUUA